UUUCACGCAACCCCAAAGGAGGCACAGAACACGGAUAAUCACUGCCUUAAACCCGAAAGAAAAAAAUUAAGCAAAAAGAAAAGGGGGAAGACGUGGCAAGCACACAAAGGGUUUUAGCUUGCGAAUUGUGCUCCAGCCUCCACGGAAGACGGACCACCACCUUUUUGAAUGCAUUCCUUAAACGACCAACGGCACACGAAAGACGCAAAAGAAAAAAAACAUCCAUUUUUGAAUUCAACUUAAUGACUUCUCUGUCGAUGUGCAGAGCUUUAUGUUUAUGUUUCUGCAGUUUGUUUUCAACGUGAUGAGUAUAAGUUCAUGCAGUCAUAAUUUCUCUUGGAAGGAUUCUUCUACUUCCUGCAGUCCAGUGCAGCUGCACUUGAGUUCUAAAGCCUGAUGAUGCCCAUCCCAAGUAUCUCAUCAUGAAUUCUUCACCGGAUUACAAAGCAAAGGAAUAUCGUGGAUUUAGCAGCACAAAUGCAUCUCCCAGAGGGAGUGUUCUAUGGCCCAGGAUAAGUAAUUAUGAUGAAGCUGAAGCGGAGGAACAGCGUGCAUCAUUGGUGGACUGGCUAAAUAGUAUUCUUCCUAAUUUAAGUUUGCCAGCGAGAGCUUCAGAAGAGGAAUUGAGGGCAUGCUUGAUUGAUGGUGGCAUUUUAUGUCGGGUUUUAAACCGGCUGAGACCUGGCUCUGUAAAUGAGGUAGGUGAUUCAUUUCAUUCUUCAGAGUUGCACUCAGAAAAUGUUAAAAGGUUUCUAGCAGCUAUGGACGAAAUGGGGCUUCCCAGGUUUGAAAUGUCAGACCUUGAGAAGGGAUCUAUGAAGAAUGUUUUAGAGCGCCUUCUAACACUUAGAGCACAAUUUAUGCCAAAUUCUGGAGGAGAUAAUAUUCCUAUCAGUAGUUUGUUUUCUAAAGCUGUAAAUUAUACUGGUGAUAGCCCUCGAGGGGGUGCGUAUUCACCUGGGCAUUAUCCUAUAUCUGGGGAAGAAAGACGGAAGGCUGUGUCGGAUUCAAAAUUUCAACGUGCUUUGCGCAGUCCUGUCAUGUCAGAGCCAUCGGCUGCAUUAAUACAUCAUGUUGGACAUAAGUUCCAUGAGGUGUUUCAACUGAAGCAAGGACGCUAUGCAGAUAUUCCUGCUGCAAAGAUUUCAGAAAUGAUGAAAUCAAACAGUUUAGAUAAUGCCCCAACUCAGUCACUUUUAAGCGUCAUAAAUGGAAUUCUAGAUGAAAGUGUUGAAAGGAAGAAUGGGGAAAUACCUCAUCGUGUGGCAUGUCUAUUAAGAAAAGUUGUGCAGGAGAUUGAGCGACGCAUAUCUACUCAAGCAGAACAUUUACGAACUCAAAAUAAUCUUUUUAAGGCUCGUGAGGAGAAAUAUCAGUCAAGAAUCAGGGUACUUGAAGCUCUUGCAACUGGGACAAGUGAGGAAACUCAGAUUGUUAUGAACCAGCUUCAGCAGAUAAAGACUGAGAAGACAAAAAUGGAAGAAAAGAAGAAGCUUGAGGAGCAGGAUGUGGUUAGACUGAGGAAAGAGAAGGAGCACUACAACCAGGAAAUUUCAACACUGAAGCAAGAACUAGAUAUAGUGAGAAAUACAUAUGAGCAUCGUUGCUCACAAAUGGAAACACAGGCAAAAGGAGCUAAAGUAGAGCUUGAAGAGAGAUUAAAGGAACUUGAGCACCUCCUAGCAGAUUCAAAGAAUAAGGUGAAAGAUCUUGAGGCAUAUUCUGAGUCAAAAUGUCAGAGGUGGAACAAGAAAGAGCACAUCUACAAGAUAUGCAUGGAUUUUCAGUUUGGUGCACUGAGGGGAUUGAGGUCUGCUUCAGAGUCCAUAAAGCAAGAGGUUUUAAAAACACAAAGGAGCUACUCAGAGGAAUUUAAUCGCUUAGGAUUAAAGCUUAAAGCAUUGGCAGAUGCAGCUGGGAACUAUCACGAAGUUCUUGCUGAAAAUAGAAGGCUGUUUAAUGAGGUUCAGGAAUUAAAAGGAAAUAUCAGAGUGUACUGUCGAGUGAGGCCGUUUCUUCCCAGGCAAGCUCGAAAACAGACAACCAUAGAAUAUAUUGGUGAAAAUGGGGAGCUGACUGUUGUGAAUCCCUCCAAACAAGGGAAAGAUGGUCAUCGGUUGUUCAAGUUCAAUAAGAUCUUUGGUCCAGCUGCUACUCAAGCUGAGGUAUUCUCUGAUAUCCAACCCUUUAUACGAUCGGUUCUUGAUGGGUACAAUGUAUGUAUAUUUGCAUAUGGUCAAACUGGUUCUGGGAAGACCUACACGAUGACUGGCCCUGAUCCACCUUCAAAAGAGGACUGGGGAGUCAAUUAUCGAGCUUUGAAUGAUCUUUUCCACAUCUCUCAAACUAGAAGAAGCUCUUUUUUGUAUGAAGUCCGUGUUCAGAUGAUUGAGAUAUAUAAUGAACAAGUCCGUGAUUUACUAUCAAAUGACAUUAAUCAGAAAAAACUUGGGAUUAUGACAACAUCCCAACCAAAUGGGUUAGCUGUGCCUGAUGCUAGUAUGCUCCCAGUCAAGUCAACUUCUGAUGUAUUGGAAUUAAUAGAUGUUGGACAAAGGAACAGAGCUAUAGGUGCCACUGCUCUGAAUGAAAGAAGUAGCCGCUCCCACAGUGUCGUCACUAUUCAUGUUCGUGGAACCGAUUUGAAGUCCGGUGCUACUUUUCGUGGUAGUCUUCAUUUAGUAGAUCUUGCUGGAAGUGAAAGGGUAGAUCGCUCAGAGGCAGCUGGAGAAAGACUUAGGGAAGCACAACAUAUAAACAAAUCACUAUCUGCACUUGGGGAUGUAAUCUUUGCUCUAUCACUGAAGAGUGCUCAUGUACCAUACAGAAACAGCAAGCUAACUCAAGUCCUCCAGAGUUCUUUGGGUGGUCAAGCAAAGACCCUUAUGUUUGUGCAGUUGAAUCCAGAUGCAAAUUCCUAUUCUGAAACUAUGAGUACCUUGAAGUUUGCAGAGAGAGUCUCUGGAGUUGAGCUAGGUGCUGCUCGGAGUAGCAAAGAGGGCAGGGACGUGAGGGAAUUAAUGGAGCAGGUUGCAACUCUCAAAGACACAAUUGCAAAGAAAGACGAGGAGAUAGAACGUUUACAACUGCAUAGAGAUCUCAAAAAUGUGUAUCCCAAUGCUAUUGGUGAGAAGCAUGGUACAGUAUCAUUGAGGUAUGAAUCUUCCUCCCAAAGCGGAAAUUCUAUAGGUGGAACUUCUCAGCGAAACCAAAAACUGUCAAGUGGGAAAAACUUAGGGCUUACAGAGAAAGCAGGUUCUGAUCAUGACAACUGUUCAGAGUCCAGUGACAAGCAUUCUGAAGCUGGUUCCCAGCAGUCUGUAGAUGAUCUUAAACACCAAAAUGAAUUUCCCCGGCAGGCAAAGGUUGCCAGAGGAGAAAUAGGUCAGAAUUUACAUGCUGAUGCUGAGACCGUAGGAUUUGAGGAUGCAGAUUUUGAUGAGAGAUUAAGUGACAUGUCUGAUGGUGGUAUUUCUGUGGGAACAGAAACUGAUGGGUCUGUCGAAUCAAGUAGUUUACCUGAAGGUGCAAAAGCAUCAGAAAAUGCUGGAAAGUCUAAAUUAGCAUCUAAAGUUCCUCAAGCUCUACAAAAACUGGGACAGUCUGGCUCAACACAAUCGUCACCGGCAGAUGAAUUUGUGAAGGUGGCAAGAAGCUUGAGAAAGACUACUCCUGGCAGCUCUUCUUCAGGAAAGCCACCCAAGCGAUGGCAGUAGAUUAGAAGGCAGGCGCUGGAUUUUAUUUUCAUUUUUAUUUUUAUUUUUAUUUUUUGAUACCCAUUUGUGCAGUUUAAUCAUGGGUUUUUCGCCAUCACAUAGUUUUCGAUAGACAAAUAUUAUUGAGGUUCCUUGCCUCUCAUAAAUUAUUUUUUGCCUUCUACACAUGGUUCUUGGGGUGGGCAUUUUUGUAUUAUUGAAAUUAAAUGACAAACUUUGAGUUUACCAAAUUCAAGUUCUCUCUUGAAAUCCAA